CUACAGGGAUUGGCAAAAAUAAGAAGAAGCCUACUUGCGGAUCCUAUCCUAUCCUAGGAACAAACCAAAAUAAUAUCAGAAUAGAAGGUAAACCUCAUAAUUAAAAUUAAAUUUGUUAUAAACGUAUCCACAGAAAAGCUCACCAAACCUUAAAUGAGCGCUAAGGGCAAGUCGGAAGAUGUUCGCAGAACUGGAUCCAGUAAAGAUGGUGAUUGGAUUUGUCCGGAUAACGAAUGCAAAAAUUUGAAUUUUGCUCGUCGUAGCCAAUGUAACAGAUGCAGCCGCGAACGACCAUCCGAACAAUGUAACAGCAGUAGCAGUGGGAGCGGUGCUGAGUCUCAUCCUAGUUGUGGCAGCAAAAAAAAAGUAGGAAUCGAGAUAGGAAAGGUGGCUGCUGAAAAGUCUCGCGGUCUUUUCAGUGCUGAAGAUUGGCAAUGCAGCAAAUGUGCCAAUGUUAACUGGGCACGCCGCCAUACAUGCAACCUGUGUAGCGCACCGCGGUUUUGCGAAGUGGAGGAACGAACCGGUUACGGAGGAGGCUAUAACGACCGAGGGGUUGUAGAGUACAAAAAUCGCGAGGAAUCUGAUGAUGAUUAUGAUGAAUUUGGUCGCCGAAAAAAGAAAAAUAUAAGCAAUGAGCCUGGAUCCAUUAACACUGAUGUAGAUUUCUCGAAAAAAACAGUAAAAAAAUCUGCGAUCAAUGAGGAUGAAGACGACGACGAUGACGAUGAUGAUAAUGGCGAUCUUUCAAAAUAUGAUUUGUGGGGAACCGAUGCCGAAGACAACAAACCUGAUAACGCAGUAGAGACAAUUGCCACCAAGGGAAGAUAUUAUUCAUCAAGCUCGUCGUCUUUAAAUUCCCGGUCUAGAUCACGAAGUCCUCGUAGUUGCCGCAUUCGUGAUCGAAAACAGCAACACUUUUAUCGCAAGAAAUACAUACGAUCGAGAUCUCGCACACCUCCAGCCAACUCAUCUUCAUAUCGCCGUUGAAACGAAAUAAUCUAGGAAGUACAUUUUCAAGCAGCUCAGAUAGAGGUUAAUAAUUAACAUGUUCUUUCCGAAAAUUACAAUAAAUCGAUAAAAUUCCUAAUCCUAA